AUGGCGCCUGCUACUCUGUCGCCGGUGGAAGGAGCGGCCGCCAAGAACAUCGACGCGGGGCACGGGAGCGACGCGGGAACCUCGGCGAGGAGGCUACGGUCCUUGCACCCGGACGUGGCGGAGUUGCUCCAGCGAACCCGUGACCGGCAGACCAGGAAGAAGGCCUCGCCGACGGCGCGCGUGGCCAAGGGCGGGGAGGAGCUGAGGCGCGCUCGGUACGACUACGUGUUCGAGCGCGAGGAGGAUGAUGACGCGGGGCUCCCGGCGCCGCCGCGCCUGGUGUGGGCCAAGGUGAGGGGCUACCACUGGUGGCCGGCGCAGGUGUUCGACCCGGCGGACGCGUCGGAGCUCGCGCUCGGGGAGCGCCGGAGGCGCGGCGCCGCCCUGGUGGCCAACUUCUGGGAGAGGACGUUCGCGUGGGAGGCCGACCCGGCGGCGCUCCGCCCGUUCCGGGAGGGCUUCCCGCGCUUCGCGGCCGUCGACCGCGCCCACGUCCCGCGCUGGGGCGCCCGCAAGACCAUGUCCCCGUUCGCCUCCGCCGUGGACGCCGCGCUGGGCGAGGUCGCGCGCCGCGUCGACUUCGGCCUGUCCUGCGACUGCGCCAUCAGCCGCGGCGUCGCCAAGAGGCAGGUGGUCGACAACGCCGGCGUCCGGGAGGGCGCGCACGGGGCCGUGGUGGACACCGCCUUCGCCAGGGACGCGUUCCGCGGCGACGCGUUCGUCGAGUACCUCUCCGCGCUCGCCGUCGCGCCGCUCGCCGGGGCCGACAGGCUCGAGCUCACCGUCGCCACGGCGCAGCUCAGGGCCUUCACCCGGUGGAGGGGCACCAGAGGCCUCCCCGUGUACACCGUUUGCUACGGCAUCCGCGACAUUGCCGAUGGCGCCAUGGGGGCCACGCCGGCACGCCGUGGCCGCGCCAGCGCCACUGCCAAGAGGGGACGGCCGAGCGGCGACAGUGCCGAUGGCAAAUGGAAGGACUCAAGGUGCGUCACCUGCGGCAGAGCAAGAGAGAGCGUGGAAGACGCCAUGGAGCUGGGGAACUACGAGCCAACCCCACAGCCCCUGUCGCACAAGGCGACCACAAAGAUGGGGAAGCUCAUGCGCAGGGCCGCACGGCGGAUGUCGCUGUCGCCGCCGGUGACCCGCAGAGCCGACCGUGCCACGCCCACGCCCACUCCUCCGGUGAACGCUGGUGUGGGGAUGGCAAGGUGCACAAGGGCCGCUGCUGCCGAUCAUGCCGCUCAGCUGCAUGACGUCCCUGUCACCACCGCUGCUCCUCCUCCGGCGAAGCCGCAGAACAAGGACGAGCAGCCCCAGCUGACCGGGCUGCUGCUGAACUUCACAGGCCCCAACGCCGUCCCUCCGGCGACCGACCUCGUCGAGAUCUUCAGCCGGUUCGGGCCUGUGGUGGAGGCCAGGCCGGAAGGCUUCUCCGUCGCCGUGGUGAUCUUCGAGAGCAGCCUGGAUGCCGCGGCGGCGUUCGCGGGCACGGCCAAGAUCGGCGCCCUCAGCCCCAACCUCAUCAGCUUCCGCCUCGCCUACUCGCUGUCCGCUCCCGCCGCGCAGGUCGAUGAUUCUCCACAGAGCCCCAUGAACGCCGAUGAGAUGGAUCACCUGCUUGAUGAGGCUGAGGGAAUGGAUCUGCUGGACCUCCUGGCAGUCGAAGCUCUUCACUAG